AUGUCAUUGCCGCUCACAGACACUCGCUCGUCACUGCAUGACCCAUUUGACCGGAAGGUCCCUCCGUUGUCAUCCACAUCAUCCUCGUCUUGGCCCAUCGUCCCUCAGCUCCUCAAUGUCCUGCAUCCAAGGAAAGCAAAGUACCGGAAAACCUUCAUCGGGCUCACCUUCAUUGUGUUCCUGUCGACCUAUGUGUUUCUCAUCCACGGCUCGGCACUUUCUCCGACAUUAGCGCUGCGACAUACACAGUCUCCAGCCGCGGACCAGCUCGCAAUAGCUCUGGAAUCAACAGAGAACUCAAGAGUAGGGGAAGAAGGUUCACGAUUCAUUCCGCUGAACCCCCACCGUCAUGAUUCCUCCACUCGUGGUCGCCACCGUACACAGUACCCCGCGCUUCAUCUUACGCCAGAGGAGGAGCUUGCUGCAAUCUCGAGCUUCAUUGCGAGUUUGCCUCAGAACGUCAUUCCACCCACCGUCAACCCUUCUCGACCCAUCGACCCAGAGCUCGUGCUAGAUUUUGACACCCGGAGUCCACGCGCCGCCGACGAAGUGCGGGUGAUGGUUCAAGAUGUCUGGACCCGGAACCCGGUAUUCGUCUAUUCGAGACUUUACUCACCGGCGUCCCGAGAACUCAAGUCCAUCCUUUCCAACUUAAACCUUUAUCCUGCACCCACAAUCAUUGACGUUGACAUGCGUGAUGACGUCGAUGUUCUCAAGCCCAUCCUCGCCCGGUUAACGUCGUACCCCGAACUUCCAGUACUGCUGGUCGGUGGCAAGACUGUUGGAACUGUCGACGAAGUCCGGGAGAUGAGCAAGGACGGACGGCUACAAAAGGUCAUUACGAGUGCGGGUGCGGUGGUGAAUGGUGCAAAGAAGAAGAAGGGCAGGAAGCACUGAUGAUCCUGUCACUUUGUGAUCCUCUAUCUUCUUCCCAUCUUCUUUUCUUUGAUUAAUCUGUCAACGUCACCCUCCACGCCAUUCUCUUACGACGAACCCUGGCAAGCCUUGGAUCAUCGGGGUAUUUUUAGAC